AAAAACAAUACAACUUUCAACACGAGAGAAUCUACUCUGUUGUUUACAUUCCGAGAACUAUUGUUAAUUUUACUAAAUAGUAGUGACGUGAUUCAUAUUUUUCGUUUCAGUUUUGUUUUUAACAUUUUGUUGUGAUACUUGACUUGUCUUGUAGUCCAGUGAACGUAACAGGUGAGCAUAGAUCCUUGGCAAGAAGGAUGUCAGCUCCGGGUUUAACUUCGGAGGCCCAGUUGCGGUACCUCCUGCAGUGGUUUGGAGAGUUCAGUGAGCUGCAGCGUGAGGACUUCCUGCCGGUGCUGGCUGCGGCGUCAGGAGGCAAGGCGGACCAGCUUGCUGCCACGCUUGCAGCCAUGUCUUGUGAAGACAAGCCUGUCAGCUUGUUUCAAUGCAGAAUAAAGUUAUUCAACGAAUGGUAUCCCACUUGGAGUGGAGAAGAAAAAGACAGGCUACUUUCCGGAGUCACAGAAAUGGACCCGGACUUCGGUAAGAAGCUACACGAAUUCCUAACUAACGGACCUAAGAUGAACGGUGAUCUCAACGGAACCAAUGAAGUACAUUCUCCGACUGAAGAGAAAGUUGAGGAAGUACAGAAUGAAGAAGCUGGGGAACAUGAGGAAGUUAUUGAGGAGAACGAGGAAUCAGCUAUACCACAGGAUGCUAAUAUUGGUUUAGAAAUAGCAGCUGCCUCUUAACAAAAAAAUUAUACUGAUAGAUGAGUGAAGGUCAAAUAAAAAUUUUAACCUAUCGUUUGCUAUCACAUAAAAAAAACCUCUAGCAUUCCACGGUACUAAUACUUAUACAAAAAUUACCUCCAAUGAAAUUUAAAUCAUUAUAGAGAGUCUACCAUCUCGUGACCUGAAUCGAAAGCGAAAACAAUUCACGCUUCUAAGCAGGUGCUGCCCCCUACACUUCACGCUGCCUCUAUUUCGCAUACUAGGGUCCGCCAUCUAGUAGCUUAAAUCUAAUCUAAUCUAAAAAUGGAAAUAAUGAAUAUACUGCAGUACAGAAGAAAUGGAACAGAGUUGCUUUUCAUUCAAAUUUAAAACGAAACAAAUUUAAUUUAACCGUAAUUUAUACUUGAAUGGUGGGCCGCUAGAGGUUAUGUCAACAAUAUAUUCUCAACAUUUGAAAUAUGUAAGGCUGUAAGUUCAUGUUAACUUGUUCAAACUGGACAUGGCAACAUGGCAUGGUAGGGUAAUAUCGAAAUAUUGUAGACUGGUGUACGGCAUUUUACGAUCCAGUCUGUCCUGUACUUUGUUUGUCAGGCUUUUGCAAAUUGAUCUAUGGUAAAAGCAACUUUGUCCGCCCGUUUUCCUUUUCCAACCUUAGGUAUAGCCUAAUCAUGUACCUAUCUGAAAUACUUUAUUUCUACUUUAUCAUUCAUCAAUAUGUUUUAUCCAUUUGUAAUAAAAACAACAAAGUCCAACCGCCUUAGGAUAAGGCUAACAUAUACUAAUCUAUGGGAUAAGGACAAAUAUUUUCUAGUUUUUUUUUUUUUUCUAUGAAUAAUGGCCCUAAUCUCAUCUUUCAGUAGCAAGCUUGCUUAUUCUUAUUAUUUUACCAAUGGAGCAUCUAUGAACAUUACUUUUAAUCACCUACUAAUUAAAAUAGGCGAUAAUAUUUACCACUUUCACUGCCAAGAACAUGCUAGGUGACCACCUCACUGACCUACACCGUUAUACGUGAGGCGGGGACAAAUAGGAAUGAUUUAUAUGAAAACAACAAGGUAUUCCCACCUGUGCCUGACAGGGACAAAUAGGAAUACACCGUUCAUUUUAUAUUAGAGGCGCUUGGCACUGAAAGUGCCAUAUUGAGUUUCUUAGUAAUGUGAUCGACAAUUAUUCAAGUGAAUCUCUUCAUGCAGCUAGAAUAGAUUAGUUUUGUUAUAAUUAUGUCUCUGCCUUUAUGACUUAUUCUAGCAGACAUUAAUUAUGUUCUAUCAUAACAUCUUAACCCUUAAAUGCAUAAUGAUGUAUAUAUGCAUCGUAUAUUUGAUGGUCCGUGGCUCAAUAUGCAGCUAUCCAAAAUCACAUUUAUUACUUUUAUACAGCAUGACACAUCUAUUUCAAUUUAUUAAAAAGUUAUACAAAAAAUCAUGCAUUUAAGGGUUAAAUGUAUUUAAUAGGAUUUUUUUGACACUGUAUCCUAAUAAUUCCUUGAUUUAUAAACUUUUAAAUUAUAAUUACUUUUCCAGUAUUUCUACAUUCCAUUGGAUUGCAUUCCAUUUAAAUUUUAUAGUUUUAAGUAUGAAAGUUACUAUGAAUCUCAACAUUUUAUUACUUUGUACUUUCACUUUCUUUUUUACAACAUUUAUAUGUAUUAUUAAUAUUAUAAACAUACACUAACUAGUACAUUUUACAACUAGUGUGAAAAGAAUGUCUUUUUACCACUAGUACCGAGGUACGAGUGGUAAAAAGACAUUUCACACGUGUUGUAAACGACGUUUUUUUAAUACAAUUGCGAAAAAAUAAUAAAUUAAUAUAUAAUAUAUUAGUAGAAUCAUACCACCAAACCAAACCAAAACCAAAAAGUACCUAUACAGCCCGCGAUACGCGAGCUGCCGCAGCCCGCGAUACCUUCAUACUCGUGCGCGCCCCGGCCGCGGCCGCCGCGGGCCCGGCGCGGGUUGCUCAACGACACCUCAUAACUCAUGAGGCCCUGGUACCUGCUCCGCGCUAAAUUCAAUUUUAACUGCGUUUCGAAAGUAUAGUUUGGAACUAAAAAGUAAAAAGCACUAGUUCGAGAAAUUGAGCUUCUCGCACGCUACGCAGCCACAAAAAGUACCACUUUUUGAGCAACUGUAUUAAAAAAAAUAUAUUAUUAUAGGUAAGUUAACUUUUGUAAUAAAGGGACAAAGUUCUUGAGGCCAACUAAAUAUCGGUGUAGUACAAACAUUAUUAUGAUGUGCCAAGGGUUUAUCAGUAUUUAAAUAUAUUAUACAGUAUUUAAGCGCUUCGUAAAUAGUCUUUACCUUCAAAUUUGGUAUUGCACUUUAAGAAGAGGCAAAACUGUCAGCGUCGAUAUUACAUUUAAAAUUCUUUUAUAUUACAUUGAUACUUUAAUAGUUUAUUACUUUAUUACCUUAACUUUCGUACACAAUUAGGUGUCGAUUACUAGUACUUUUUCGUGCCUCUAAUUUUAUAACAGCUUACUUUUUUCCUGAUUUAAUUUAUCAUUAUAGUUAUGUUAUUUAGGAUACAAGUGCGAAAAAUAGGAAAUACGCAACGAGUGGCGAAUUUUAAAACACGAAUGAAGGGUGACACGAGUUGCAAAUUACCUAUUCACACGUGUAUCGUUCUUUAAAUUUUCGACGUAGUUACGUAAUGUGCUUAUAGCACAGGGUGUCGUAAUGGAACACCAGAUUUGCUGUAAAAUUUCAUUUGCCUCUUCUUAAAUUACGAUACCUAAAUCAUUCGCUAUAAAGAAAUAUGUAAAUCGAACUAUUUGCCGAAGGCCAUAAUUUUAUUUGUAGUAUCGUAAUUAUUGAAUCAUUCCUAGUUAGGUAUAUUGUUCGAUGAACAUUUUGUAAAAGUACCUAAAUAUUUUGGAUUGUGAGGCGCAAGGUGCUGGCUAACAACUUGAGUUGUGAUUACUGAAGGCCAUAAAUAAAUAAAAAAAGAAUAUAUUAUUUACAUUAGUAACUUAUUUAAAUAAAUAAAAAAUGUAAUGAAA